GACGUCUUUCGGUCAUUGUUCCCCCUGUGCUAGCUAAUGUGCUAGGUGGAGAUUACAGAGGUUUUUAAUAUUUUACUGUAUGCACAUUAACUCGUUAAAGUUUCCAGCGUAUAUCUGAGAGCUCGCCAAAGACACGAUGAGCAAGAGGAAAGCGCCCCAGGAAUCCCCGAAUGAGGGAAUAACAGACUUCCUCGUCGAGCUGGCCAAUUACGAGAAAAACGUCAACAGGGCAAUCCACAAGUACAACGCGUACAGGAAAGCAGCAUCUACCAUCUCCAAGUACCCAAACAAAAUAAAAAAUGGCGACGAGGCCAAGAAACUGGAGGGUGUUGGACCUAAAAUAGCAGAAAAGAUUGAUGAGUUCCUACAAACUGGCACUCUACGGAAACUGGAGAAGAUCCGAAACGAUGACACCAGCUCUUCUAUCAAUUUCCUCACCAGAGUCACUGGAAUCGGCCCUGCGGCCGCCAGGAAGUUUUUUGAAGACGGGGUGAAGACGUUAGAAGAUUUGAAAAAGAUUGAGUCCAAGCUAAACCAUCAUCAACAGAUCGGACUUAAGUACUUUGAGGAAUUUGAAAAAAGGAUUCCACGUGCCGAAAUGGAACAGAUGGAGACUCUUAUUAUUGGAGAGCUGAAGAAGAUCGGUACAGAAUAUAUUGGGACAAUCUGUGGAAGCUACAGGAGAGGUGCAGCAUCGAGUGGUGAUAUUGAUAUUUUGCUGACCCACCCGGACUACACUUCUGAGACUGAGAAGCAGCCCAAGCUCCUUCAUGCAGUGGUCGAGCAUUUGGAGUCCAUUGGGUUUGUGACCGAAACAAUGUCCAAAGGAGACACUAAGUUCAUGGGAGUCUGCCAGCUGCAGCAGAGUGACGAAGAUGAGGAAGAAUACCUGCACAGGCGUAUUGAUAUUAGGUUAAUUCCCAAGGACCAGUACUAUUGUGGAGUUCUCUAUUUCACUGGAAGUGAUAUCUUCAAUAAAAACAUGAGAACUCAUGCGCUGGAGAAGGGCUUCACUCUUAACGAGUACACCAUACGGCCACUAGGAGUCACUGGUGUGGCAGGGGAGCCUCUGUUGGUGGAUAGUGAGAGAGACAUCUUUGAAUACCUCCACUACAAAUACAGAGAGCCAAAGGAGCGCAGCCAGUGAAGCGAAGGUUUUACAGUUCAGCUUUUAUCUGAAGCUGCAGCUUUCCUGAAAAUUAGAUCGGAAGCAUGUGUACAUAUGUGUGUGUGUGUGUGUUAGUAUACCAUUCAACUAUGUUGUUGAAAAGUGAACAAUUAUGAAAGUCAUUUAAAUGUAUUUACUGUAUUUUUCUAUCUUGAGUUGAAAACACCACCUUUAAUGACAUUUGUACACACACAAAAUGUUUUUUUUUUUUUAAACAGGUUAAUUCUUCAUAGUCAUGCAUCUUCUUUUAAUGUAUUUUUGAUCACUUGUACAUUUAAUUUUUUGAAAUGCCUACAAUUAUUAUACCAUAAUGAUUAUAAGAGGAGUAAUCUUAAAGCAGAAUAGCUUCUGUUACAGUUGUUAUCCGUCCACUAUAAACAACGAGGACCACUUAUCAUGGCAUUUUGCCUUGAACGUAGUUCACUUUAACACACUGGCUGAGUGGAGGGUUUUACUAUGACAUUCAGUCAACACAGCAGUGUUGCUACUUUAUGUUGGUAGUUAAUAAUAGGUAGUAAAAGAAAAUCUCAUUCCCAAUGGACAUUUAAAAGUGUGUUUUUAAACCUGUAUUUCUCUUCCAAUUUGGGGCAAACUCAUGAAUAAAAAAUAUAGUAUAUGUGGUUAAUGGGCUCAGUUUCUGUUUAUGGGCACUAAUUUGGUGCAUAAAGGUCAUUGAGUUGUUUUUGCUUGUUAGAUGAGAAUAAUCUCAGUUAUUGUUUGAUAUGUGAAUGACUGUUACAGUGGUAGACUUCAUGUGUUUGUGUAGAAAUUAUACACGUGUUCAGGUCAGGUAUUUUCUGUGCUUUCAGGGGCGAUGGAUUAAAAGAAUAGACCUGAUACAGAUCUUAAUCUGUAACACAAAACUUGAUUUAGGAUCAGGACGUUGAUUCAGUUUUUAAUGUGGAUGAUUGCAAAUAUUGCCUGAAAUAUUUACAGAAAUACAAAUAAAUUGAUAACCAAA